CGCAGAGCGCGCGAUGGAGCGUGGGGGCUGUGGGUUUUGCUGGUGAUGGAAGGGAAUGAGAAUGGGCGGGAGAGCGCGUCGGCGGCGGUGAACGCGCGCACGAUCGGGAGCAGAAGUUGUAUGCUCGACAUUCCCCUGGAGCGUUCCCGGGGUUUGCAGCGGCGGCGCGUGCGUCACACACACACACAGCGUCAGCAGCAGCUGAAUGUCAACAAGAAAUGAAACCAAGUGAGAGUGAGUGAGAGAGGGAGGAGGAGUGGCGGCGCUGCACGGCGCAGGGUGGGGGGCUCGCUUCGUGCUCUCUCUUUCUCACUCUCUGUGUACACUUCAAGAUUGCAAGCUCUUCACCUCCACGUUGUGGAGAAAGAGAGGCAACUAACCUAUUGGAAAACAUAACUCAAACACGCCGCUCGCUCACUCUUUCUCCCCACCCCACACACAUUCAAAACAAGCCAGCAGCCGCGCCGAUUCAGCUCAGCUCCGCUCCCUCCGCCGGUCCCCAUGCUCGUUUUGGAAAGCGCUUGGCGCACAGGAUCAUGAGGUAUUUGUUUUGAACUUGGAGCUGGCUUGAACAUAGUCGAAAGUUAACCGGGUCAGAACGGAAUGUCUGUGGAUGAGAAGCCUGACUCACCCAUGUAUGUAUAUGAGUCAACAGUGCAUUGUACAAAUAUCCUCCUGUGCCUCAACGACCAGCGUAAGCAGGAUAUCCUCUGCGAUGUGACUGUUCUGGUGGAGAGGAAGGAAUUCCGUGCCCACAGGGCUGUCCUGGCAGCGUGCAGUGAAUACUUCUUACAGACCUUGAUCGGACAAACAGAACAUGAACUGGUUAUUACCCUGCCUGAGGAGGUCACCGCCAGAGGAUUUAGCCCAUUGUUGCAGUUUGCCUACACUGCUAAGCUAUUACUCAGCAGAGACAACAUCCAAGAGGUCAUGCACUGUGCUAAAGUCCUACAUAUGCACAAUCUGGAGGACUCCUGCUUCCGCUUCCUUGAGGCCCAGCUCUUCAAUGAAAAAGAUGGUUUUUUCCUUUACACCAAAAUGGCAACGUUCCAAAAGUCCAACGUACAAGAUGGGAAUUCAGACGGUGAGGGAGAACACAUGCAAUCUGACACUCGUAAGAUUACCUGUUCCAGGGACAGAAUAAGUAAUGAGACAUUUGGGUUUGAAGCAUCUUCCAGGCUAUCUGAGAAAGAGCCAGCUGUAAUAUCAAUCCCUGUUACAUCAAAUGAUGAUAUGGGACGCUGCCCAAAAUACAGGAAAUACCAGCUUGCUUGCACCAAGCAUAUCAGUAGCACACCACAUACCAGUACCUCAGGUUUUCCAAGCACAUUUAAAGAAGACCGGCCAGUCUGUACUCAAUCUCAAGGAUAUAGCAAGGCACAGGUAAAAAUUGAACCACAUGCACCAGAAAUUGCAGCAGAAAAUGCUGCUCAGUGCUUGUCUGAAAGUGAACCUGUUGCAGUAGAACAUGCAGUUGCAGAUAAGGAAAUGGACAUUAAGCAGAUGAGUCCAAUGUGUGUUGAUAGACCCAAAAGUAGAACACCUCCUUGUUCAAGGUUCAUUAAAAAAGCUGAAUCUACUGAGACACAAAAUCAAUUGCAACAACCUUUAGACGCCAGAACAUCUUGUUCCCUUGAAGAGGGAAUGACUCAGGGUGACCUCAAAACAGAAUACAGGCCUUAUAGCGAAAUGUAUGGACUAUCCUGCACACCUCAGAAAGACAACAAUAGCUUUACUGUUGGAUCCCAACUGACAGGACCAUCUUGUGAAGUGAUUUGCAAACAGGAACUGGAAUCGGACAGAAAGAGUGUUAUAUUUUCUUCUGGUACCUUGGACAGGAUGAACACUCCUGCUGCACAUUCAUAUACUGGUGGGAGUUCACUAGAGGACGAACUUACUGAGCAUGUGCCAAAAGGUUUGUGGAGUGGUACUAGUCAGUCACUUCCAUGUUCACAGACUUGUGUUUCCACUAGACUUGCAAUGGAGCCUUUAUUGCCAUUGAAUUCAUGUAGAAUUCAACCUACUUGUAAAACCAGCUGCCCAGUGCCAAUUAAAGUGUGCCCUCGAUCUCCUCCAUCUGAGACUAGGACCAGAACCUCAAGUUCCUGUUCCUCUUACUCAUUUCCUGAAGAUGGAAGUGGUGGUUCUCCUUGCAGUUUACCCCAGUUUGAAUUGUCCACUUCACCCUGUUCACAAGGAACACGUUUCCUAUCUGCAGAACAGCAAGAGUUAAGCAUGAUUGGAGAUGCAAUGUUCAAUCAGUGUAAACCACCAUUAAAAUGUGAACAGUCAUAUGGCACCAACUCCAGCGAUGAAUCUGGAUCCUUUUCAGAAGGGGACAGUGAAUCAUGCUCAACUCGAGAGAGAGGACGUGAGGUCAAACUUCCCUUUCCAAUUGAUCAAAUCACAGAUCUUCCAAGGAAUGAUUUCCAAAUGAUGGUGAAGAUGCACAAGUUAACCUCUGAGCAACUGGAGUUCAUUCAUGAUGUUCGCCGGCGGAGCAAGAAUCGGAUAGCAGCCCAACGAUGCAGGAAGAGAAAACUGGACUGCAUUCAGAACCUGGAAUGUGAAAUUCAAAAGUUGGUCUGUGAAAAAGAGAAAUUACUGACGGAAAGGAACCAGCUGAAUGCCUGUAUGGGAGAACUAUGGGAUAAUUUCUCAUGCCUUUGCCAGGAAGUAUGCGGUGAUGUCCAGUUAAACCCAGAGCAGAUACAGUCAUUGCACAAGUUUUGUCCAGUAUUUAGGCCAAUGGAUGAAACUGCAGCUACAGGCAGUACCACCUUGCCCCUUGCUGGAUUAGAGCAGAAGAUCUUGAAAACACCGUGCAUCGGAGAUGGUAUGCAGUGCUGCUCAGAGCAAGGAGAGUCCCAUCAUCAGAACCAGUGGUCACCGAGCCACAAUGUAGAAGUGUGCACAUCAGGAAAUCUGCAAGGGGUUCUCAACCAAGGAACAUGCUCAGAAAGGGGGCCCUCACUUGAACAGUGCAGUCAAACUGUGACAGUAGAUUUCUGCCAGGAAAUGACUGAUAAAUGUACAACUGACGAACAGCCUAGGAAAGAUUGCACCGAAUGACUUUUUAAUUCUUCCAUUUUAUUUGUUUCCCUUUAAAGUAAGCAGGAGGUUCAAUCAGGAUGCAGGCACAGUUCAUCUAUUGAUGUUUUUCUCUUCAAUGCACACUACAACAGUCUUAAACUGCAGCAAUAUUUGGUCUAGGUAUUAUUCCUCAGAACGACUGAGGUUUAUCCUCAAUGGUGCUAUACCUUGCUUGUGCAGGGAACUUGACAGUGAUGACACUGUUAUUUUAUUAUGAUUAUUAAUUAUUGUUAUUAGGAUUUUGGCCUUCAUUCUCGAAAGGAAAUGGGUCAACAACCCACUUUACCUUGAAGGAUCCAAUACAUAGCUCAGUUGUCUUUUCAGCAAGCUUGGUGGCCCAUGUCACACAACAACUCAGGAAAUCUUCUGAAUAUUCAACAUAACUCAGUACAUGUCAGAGAUGAUUUUUCAUCUAACACCUAUUUACUGUAAUAUACUCCUGCAUCCUCUGUUUUAAUCUUUAGAAUACUGGAACUCACCAUCUGGACUGUACAAAGAAUUUGGUUACAACAUUCCCAUUUUGCCUUCUGCAGAAUCUGACCGAAACUUUUAAGAAUUUAGACAGUUAUGUUUUCACACUUGAGCAAUAUCACUUCUUUGUACUUCAUUGUAAGUAAAAAAAAGGAUUAAUUUGAUGUGUAUUUGAUGUAAAUUAAAAUGAUAAGACAUCUCUGGCACUGCUUUGAAAGGUGCCUUUUGAGCAGGGAAGAUUUGUUAUUAUUGCUGAUGUAGAACGAUACUGGUCAAAACUGCCACUUGCACUCUGUCAAUGGAUUUGUGAUUUCCUACCUAGUGCAUUGCACACACAUGUUUAAAAACAAAGAAAAGGUGUUCAGAAUGAUAUUAUCAGGUUAUCUACCUUCCCUACCUAACCAAGCACUGAGAACUAAUCCAAUUCACUGUAGCCACUGAAUUCUCGGAAGUAAUCUGGAAUGACCAAUAACAACUUUUGUAAGUUCAGCUCUUGGUAUUCAUCAAUAUUUCCAUUUUUAGCUCUUUAAAAUUAUGUUCAAAGGAUCUUCUGGUUGGAGAGUGAGUUAAACAGUGAUGUGGAUGGAAACUAAAGCACUGGUCACUGAAGCUAAAUAAAGUAUGUACAAACUUUUGAUAAGUUAGAAAGUUAAUUUGUUUAAUAUACUUUUCAAAUUACUAUAUUUAUAAUAUCCCUGCAAUCAAUUUUUUACUAAAAACAAAAACAGCAACCUGUUCCUAGUCAUGCCACUAUUGCUUUCUUACUGAUUGUGCAUAAAGGUCUCACACAAAAUCACCUUUUCAAUUCUCCUUCCUUUUCUCUAUCAAAGCAAGUUACUUCCCCAGUUAAACAGUCUCUAGUAACUUGUGUCACAGUAAUCCUGGUGCACAAAUUCACUUGAAAUGGAGCUGUCCCACCUUGUGUUAACAUUCAAAAUUCCUACUAUGCUGGAUGAUCAUUCAAGGGACCAGGUGACAUUUUUUGUCUUUACAAUUUGGGUUCAUCAAAUCCACUGAAAAAGAUGACUCAUUAAUCAGUCCUAAUUCAUCCAAGUCACUUUUGAGUGAAAAUCAGUUGUAGAAAUUAAAUAGUUGUAUCUUACCGUACAAUAGUAAAUACAAUUCCAAAGUACUUCAUCAGAUGUAAGGAACUUUGGGACACCUUGAAAGUGGUGUAUUAAAUAUUAAUAUACAAAGUAAUAAAGGAUGUUACAAGAGAAAUAGGUACCGUCACUGCAAAGUAGUAAAGCAUUCCAUUUCCCAAGUUCCUGACACUAACAAAACAAUGUUUAAAAAGAUGAAUCAUUCCUUCAACCUUAAGAGAGCUGAACUGGUAAUGUACAUUGGUGUUACGUACAAACAACCUGUUUAAUACUUAGAGCAACCUCAGCAACAAUGAAGUCUGACGUAGCUGAGGUAAGGACCCCAGCUCAUUAAUGUUGGGAAAGGAAAGCAUUAGAAACUAAUUGCACUGAAAACAAAAAAAACCCACAUACCUAAGGGUCAAUUUUGGAAGUAAAUAUAUGGAACUUAAUUUGCAUUGUACGUUCUGACAGAGCUUAUACUGACAGCAGUUGUACCAAGCAAAUGCUGCUACUGUUUAGUCCAUAAACUUUGCAGCUGUAAAAAUAUAAUUUUGAACAUAGUUAGCGAUUCUAAGAACUGCAUUUAAAAUAUCAUGACCAUAAAACAACCUUAUUUUCUUGAAAUUCAGCAAAUAUUAAUUUAGCCUGACAUGUUUGCAAGUGCCAGUUUUUACUUUGUUGCAAGUUUUAUUUGAGAACUCAACUUUUGUUUCUGAUGCAGCUAGGUGUGUUUAGCAGUUACUCUUGCUGAGCAACACUUUCAGUUUCCAAAAGCAGGAAAUGUGAACUUUUGUCAAGAUCGUGCAUUUCAAACCACUGCUCAAACAGCAUUUUUUUAUGCUUCAGGAAAGUUAAGCUUAGUAUCCAUAAUUUAGCAGUAAACAGUUUGCAUAUUUGCUUAAUUGAUUAUAUAGCCAUUUUUGUUACUAUUCUGAUUCCUGUUACGUACAAAACUGUUAUCAGGAGAUUAACAGGAAGCAUUAUUUAUCUCCUGAGUGUUCUUGUAUUACACAGUACCCAGACAACCUCAUUUCAUUUAGUUAUAUAUUGUUGACAAGUUAUAAAAGUCAGAUUCGGUAUUUCAGUUCAUAAUCUAAAGGUGCCUUCUUUUAUUUCAAAUUGAUUCUGGAACAGAUUAUUUUUUUCAUCAACUUAGUGUAGGUACUGUAAGAUUUAUAAGGUAUAAGAUCAACUGCGUACAGUACAAUAUAAUUCUUGUUAUUGCUGAAAAGAAAAACAUACUGAAGGUAUUCGUCUUGCACUCAUUAGAACAAAUGCAAGAAUGCCAAAUUUCAAAUAAUCUCAAUUUCUCCCACAAAGAAAUGGAUGUUGAUUGGUUGGCAAGUUGACUGUCAUUGGACAAAGAAUUGUCAUGGAACGUAGGCUCCCUAAUCUCCCUGACAAAUUCUUGCUAACGUAUUGUCCUUGAGAAGAUCGUUAAUUUGUCAGUGCUAAACCAGAGAUCAAUGUAGUGAAGUUCAUCACUGAAAAGUGCAAUGAUGUUUCUAACUGGGAGAAUGUAUAAAAUUAGCUUCUACGGAAAACAUAGCCAAACACCAGAUUUUAUAUUCAGUCAAAAUAAUUGGGAUAAUUAUUUUUCAAAUGUGUUUAUUUAUUGUCUAAAAGGCCUAGCAUACUCUGUUUUCUUUGAACUACAAUAGAUAAUAUACAGAUACAAGAUUUCUUUUACAUUUCAUGAACUGACCAAAGUAUUACAUUCAGUGUUUUGAAAAUUUGCCCCGCUAAAAGUGUUGGUCUCAGUGCUUCUUCCUUUUUCGCAUGUUAAUUUAUUAUUUGCCAUUUUGAUUCCAUCAUCUUGAAUAAGUAGUUUCACCACAAAAAAAAGUUAGAAUGUGCAAACCCAAUUUCAGUGCUAGUUGGUUAUUUGAUCUUAGCUGGGAUGCUGACUGGAAUACGACAGAGUCAAGAGUGUGGUGCUGGAAAGACACAGCAGGUCAGGCAGCAUCCGAGAAG